AAGGUCCCUGUGUUCUGCAGAUUCAAAAAAUUCGCAAUGUAGCUGCACCAAAGGACAAUGAAGAAUCUCAGGUGGCUCCCAGAAUGCUGCGCUUGCAGAUGACCGAUGGACACACAAGCUGCACUGCAAUAGAAUAUACUUACAUGUCAAAAAUAAGUCUGAACACACCUCCUGGAACAAAAAUUAAACUGUUGGGAAUCGUGGAAGUGAAAAAUGGCUUUCUCCUUCUGGAUGACAGUAACACAGUGGUCCUUGGAGGUGAAGUGGAACAUCUUAUAGAAAAGUGGGAGUUGCAAAGGAGUUUAUCAAAACACAACAGAAGCAACAUAGGAACAGAAGGUGGACCUCCUCCCUUUCUCCCUUUCGGGCAGAGGUGUGUAUCUCAGCUUCAAGUGGACAGCAAGGAAUUGGAUCGCCGAAAAACUCUGCAAGUGACAAAUGUGGCUAAACCGAUGGGUGACAACGAUGAAUUUGAAAAACAGCGAACAGCUGCUAUUGCAGAAGUUGCAAAAAGCAAGGAGACCAAGACUUUUGGAGGAGGUGGUAGUAAUACUAGAAGCAACCUCAGUUUGAAUGCAGGAGGGAAUCGAAGCAGGGAAGUAUUCCAGAAAGAGAAGAUGAAGCCUGAAGGAAAAAAUGAAGGUGUCUAUCGUGAACUGGUUGAUGAAAAGGCUCUCAAACACAUAACAGAAAUGGGCUUCAGUAAGGAAGCAGCACGACAGGCACUUAUGGAUAAUAGCAACAACCUUGAAGCUUCAUUAAAUUUCCUCCUCAACAGCAAUAAACAAAUGACUAUUCAAGGGCCAGCCGUUAGAGGAAAAGGAAAGGGGAGAGGCCGAAUACGACCUGAAGAUGAGGAAGAACUUGGAAAUGCUAGGCCAUCUGCUCCAAGCACAUUGUUUGACUUCCUAGAGUCUAAAAUGGGUACUCUCACAGUAGAAGAACCAAAGGUACAGAUGGCAUUGCAGCAUCAUGGACCCCAGAGAGUACCAAACACUGAGCAAAAUGGUGUAAAAGUAUAUAACCAUCAAAGACACACUUCUCGAAAUGAACCUAGGCAGCCAAGGAAUGAGAAGCCACCUCGCUUUCAAAGAGAUAGUCAAAAUUCGAGGCAUGUUACGGAUGGAAGUGGAUUAUUGAGAGCAAGGCCUUCUGAAAGGCAGAAUUCUCUGGGCCCUGAUCAGUGGACUGAAGAGAAAAAUAAGUGUGAUAGACUUUAUCCUCGGAAAGAUUUUGCAUACCCUAUAGCUAGUCAUUCUGGUGACCUUCAUUUCAAGAGGAGGGAGACCCCUGUGCAAAAUAGGCCAGGAAAAAUUGGGUCACUAAUUGAAAUGAAAGAGAACUCUGCUGGCCAAGAUUCAGCUGAUAACAAUAACCAGAAACAAGGAAGUAGGGAAAGUCAGAUACAUCACCCCAACAAUUUCUGUGAUAGGAAAACAUUAAUCCUAGCGAAUGAAUCUUUUACUGCCUUAAAAAACGAGCAGCAAUUUGGUGUGACUGUAGAUUACUCAAAUCCAGUUAGAACUGAACAUUUUUGUUCUGUACCAAAUGGCGAUUUGGAACAUUUCCCAAAAGGAAGGAGAGUUGGACCUAUUAAACUGCCUCCCCCCAAUAUGGCCAUUUCCUUUGAUGUCAAAAUGUACUAUGAUCCUGGUCCCAAAAAGCGAUCUGGGCCCAUCAAGCCAGAAAAAAUGUUGGAGCCACCUGUUUCAGGAGAGUAUGGGAAAAGCUGGCAACCAGGGGACGAAUGUUUUGCUCUUUAUUGGGAAGACAACAAGUUUUAUCGAGCAGAAAUUGAAGCUCUUCAUUCCUCUGGGACGACUGCUGUUGUUAAGUUUUGUGAUUAUGGAAACUAUGAAGAGGUGUUAUUAUGCAACAUCAGGCCUGUUCAAGCUGACACCUGGGAGGAGGAAGAAAUGACUUACGAGCAAACUUUAGAAUUUCGCAGAGGGGGUGACGGGCAACCCAGGCGGUCAACACGGCCCACUCAACAAUUUUAUCAACCUCCAAGAGCUAGAAACUGAUCAAAGAUAUUCAUCGUGGCAAGAGCGUUCUGCAUUUCUUCACGCCUGAAGGGUAAUAUUUCAGAAAGAUGCAGACAGGGAGUACAGAAAUCUACCCACCACAGACUUUUUUUUAAAGUUAAUGCUGUGAAGCUAAACUUUUUACAUAUGAAAAAAAAAAAAAAAAACAUUGUUAAUACUGACAUCAAUAAAAGCCACCAUGCUCAA